AUGAGUCCUAAGAGCGAGGGUAAGCAUGACGAAAUACCCAAGCCUAAUGACGAAUGUAAAAACGUACCCAAUAACACGAAUGUGCAUGUGACUACUCCUAAUAGUAACUUGCAUGCUGGAACUGGUAGCCUGGUUGCCUUGCAGACUGCACGUGGCGUUUUAAGGGGGGAAAGGGUGGUUAAGGUGCGGGUCCUCUUUGACGCGGGAAGUCAUCGUUCCUUUGUUACUUCCAAAGCAGCUGGUCUCGCGAAUCCCAGGGGUAUAAGAAGGGAAUUGUUAGGAAUUAAUACGUUCGGUCAAAAAUGCGUAAAAGCCGAGCACAGGGAAGUGGUUGAAUUAAAGCUUGAACCUCUUAACGGAAAUAAGGUUAUCACACUGGAAGCAUUUGUAGUGCCGGAAAUAUGUAGCAUAGGAAAUAGCCAUGUAGAGAUAGCGCGGAGGGAGUAUAAACAUCUGGAAGGUAUAUGGUUUUCAGAUGUUUCUAAGUCAGAAGAUGAGUUAGAAGUAGAUGUUCUGAUAGGGGCAGACUACCUUUGGAGCUUUCAGACAGGGACAACCAAGAGAGGUAAAUCAGGAGAACCUGUUGCUAUAGAAACAGAAUUAGGGUGGGUUUUAUCAGGACCGCUGAGAGUACAAGACAUUGAGAGAGCGGAGCCAGUCCAAGUGAAUUUUGUAGCACAGAGAUUGAGUAGUGAAGACAGUUUGGAGAGUAAUGUGCAAAAAUUAUGGAGUUUUGAAGGGUUAGGCAUUAGUGAGGAAGAUAAGGUACAUGAAGAGUUUUUAGAUGAAAUAUCAUUUACAGGAAGUAGAUAUUCAGUCAAACUGCCCUGGAAGGAGAGCCAUAAGAAGUUGCCUGACAACUAUGCAAAUAGCUUAAGUAGAAUGAAGGGUCAGCUGCGACGACUGAGGAAAGAGCCAGCAUUGUUAGCAGAGUAUGAUUCUAUCAUCAGAGACCAGGUAGAGCGAGGGAUAGUGGAGCCAGUAUCUGCAUUAGAGAAGGUUGAAAGGGUUCAUUAUUUACCACACCAGGCAGUUAUUCGCAGGGAGGCAGUGACCACUAAACUCCGGAUCGUCUAUGACGCAUCAUCCAAGGAAGAUGCUGCAUUUGUAAGAAAGUUGCAGGAAAGUUUUUACGUUGACGACCUGGUCAGUGGUGAGAGUACGGUAGAGAAGACCUUUGAACUUUAUGAUAAGGCUAAGACAAGAAUGGCACAAGGGGGUUUUAGAUUAAGGAAGUGGUUGACCAACAGUGAGGUGUUAAGGAGUAAACUAGAGAUUCACGAAAAAGAUCAGGGUUCGUCAGAACAAAGCAUCAAUGAUCAGGAAACAUAUGCUAGGUUAUCUUUGGGAGCAGUAGGGGGUGAGUCAAAGGGCCAUAAGGUUUUAGGGCAGGUGUGGGAUAACCACAAGGACGAACUGAAAUUUGAAAUUUCCAAGGGAUAA